AUGACGACUCUAAUCUCAGGCGCCGCCUUUGGCGCAGCGCUCGCCUCUUCCGGCGUCAUCGACCCGGCCGUCAUCAUCUCCCAAUUCAGAUUCGAAUACUUCGACAUGAUCCAAACUUUCCUCGCCGCGACAGCGACCACCAGCAUCGUCGUCGCAGCCCUCGAUAAGCUAGGAUACGCCAAAGUCCCCCCCCGCUGCGCCUCCUCCCUCAACAUCAUCUCCCGUCACGAUGGCAACAUAAUCGGCGGCUCCCUCCUCGGAGCCGGCAUGGCCCUUUCCGCCUCCUGCCCCGGCUCCGCCAUAGCCGCCGCGGCCCUCGGUCUCCGCCCCGCCUACUACGCGCUCGGCGGCGCCACCGUCGGCGGAAUCCUCUACGCGGGCGUCCUGGGCCCCAUCAUCGCCCGCCGUCGCCAAUCUCUCGCGGCCAAGACCACAGCCGAGGGCGGCCCGCCCGCACCUCCUCCUACCAUCUACGAGCGCGCGCACGUUUCUAAGUUCGCCACUCUCUUGGUCCUCGAGGCCUUCUACGGCGCCGUCGUCGCUGCCGCUUAUUUCUAUGCCCCUGCCAGCCCCUACAAGCCGCUCGUCGCUCCCGCCCUCGGCGGCGUGCUCAUCGGCAGCACCCAGCUCCUUUCUCUCCUUCUACGCAAGUGCCUCGUCGGCGUGUCCUCCGUCUACGAAGAUAUCGGCAAGUACUUCUCCUGGUUCGUCAAGGGCGCCAGCGGCCCCGCCCCCACGUCUUACACGAGCCUCAUCUUCGCUGCCGGCCUCUCCGCCGGCGUGUAUGCCCUCCGCGUGGCGUAUCCUAGCGUCGUGCCCGCUCCGGACCCGCGCGUCUCGAACCUGCAGGCGGCUCUUGGCGGUUUCUUGUUUGCCCUUGGUGCAAGGAUAGCGGGUGGGUGCACUUCUGGUCAUGGAAUUAGCGGGAUUUCUCUUUUGUCUACGUCGAGUUUUAUUACUAUUGCUAGCACUUUUGCUGCUGGUGGCGCCGUUGCGCGUGCUGUAUAUUAG